AUGGCGGUUGAUACGUUUCUUUCUUUCGUUCUUUCAGCUGACAAUUUGAUAAUGAAUAUAACGCCUCUGUGUGUCCGCUUCCAUUUGUCAAUUAUUGAAGGAAUUAUCAUUCAAGAAGUUAUCGGCUUCUUGUUUUAUUCACAUCUAUCUUUUCUUUCUACAUAUCUUUCUUUUUUUCUUUAUAUUUCUAUUUCCCUUGCACAUCUGUUUUUGUUCAUUUUGCAGUUGUUGUGGAUCUUGUUUUCAUUCAUUCUAUUUUCUUUCUAUUUCCUUCUUUCUUUUGCUUCGAUUUUCUCUUUCUUCUCGUUCUUAAUUAUCUUCGUUUCAUUCAUCGAUAAUUCGUUUAUUUUCUUCUCCCAACAUAGUUUUAUCCAGUUUCAUUCAUUCAGACUUCUUUUUACAUUUAUUCUUCCCUAUUUUUCUUCUUUCUCUAUUCUACUAAUUUUUCAUCAAGUUUCAUUCAUCAAUAUUUUCCGUCUUUCUUUUCUUUGCCUUCUUUUCUUCUUCCUCCAAUUCUUCAUCAAGUUUCAUUCAUUAGCAUUUCUUUCACUCUUUUUUGCCUUCUUUACUACUUCCUCUAAUUUUUCAUCAAGUUUCAUUCAUCAAUAUUUUCCGUCUUUCUUUUCUUUGCCUUCUUUUCUUCUUCUUACAAUUCUUCAUCACAUUAACAUUCAUCUGCAUUUCUUUUAUUCUUUCUUUACCUUCUUCUUUUCAUCCUUCAGUUUUAUUUAUCAGUAUAUCUUUGACAAUUUCUUUUAUUUGGCUUCUUUUUCCUUUUUUAUACUCUUCUUUCAUACAGUUUCAUUCUUCUAUAUUUCUUGCCCUGUUUUUCGUAUCUAUCGAAUUUUUACUUGUGCCAUUUUUCCCUCUCCUCGUUCCAUCUAUUUGUCCUUCCAACAAUUGAAAAAAUUCUUUCUUUCUUUUUUUUUUUUCUUCUUUCUUUUUUGGUUACAUUUGUCCUUCCAACAACUUUCUCCAUUCUUUAGUCUUUUUCAUUUUUUUCUUGUUCUUCUUAGAUUUGUCCUUCCAACAAUUGAUUAUUUCAUUCUUUUUUUUUCUUUCUUUCUUUUCUUUUUUUGUCCUUCCAAAUGGUGA